CACUGCUUUGUAAAGCAAAGUUUAGAUGAGCCAAAGGCCUCCUAUUAGUGAGGAGCACUCCAACGCAACACUAGUCAUGCUGUGUCUAUGUGCAGCUGUCCUUUAUUAUUUGUUUUGCAUCCCUGUAUAACUGGAUUUUACACACAUCCAUCUCAAAAUAAUUAAAAAAGUGUACUUUGUUUAACAGAUUGGUACCUGGGACCCUCCAAGUGGCCUGAACAUGACUGACAACCAGAAGGGGAAGACGACCAACGUCUCUGAUUCCUUAUCCAAUCGAUCCCUGAUCGUCUCCACCAUACUGGAAGAGCCAUAUGUGAUGUUCAAGAAGUCUGACAAGCCGCUGUAUGGGAAUGACCGCUUUGAGGGCUACUGCAUAGACCUGCUGAGAGAGCUGGCCAACAUCCUUGGCUUCCUUUAUGAGGUUCGCCUGGUGGAAGAUGGGAAAUACGGCACCCAGGAUGAGAACACGGGCCAGUGGAAUGGCAUGGUGAAGGAGCUAAUGGACCAUAGAGCUGAUCUGGCAGUGGCUCCCCUCGCCAUCACGUACGUGCGUGAGAAGGUUAUUGACUUCUCCAAGCCCUUCAUGACGCUGGGUAUAAGUAUACUUUACCGCAAGCCAAACGGGACCAACCCUGGGGUCUUCUCCUUCCUCAACCCCCUCUCGCCCGAUAUCUGGAUGUAUAUUCUGCUGGCUUACUUGGGUGUCAGUUGUGUGCUGUUUGUCAUAGCCAGGUAACAUGUCACUUGCAGCGAUCACAACUUCACACAGUCAGACACAUGCGUAGCUGCCGUGGCUCAGCCUCGUUCAUCUGACUAACACCAGGCUCAUCUCUGUAAUUGCAGGAUGUGUGUCCUGAGCUCACUAACUCACUCAUAGUGAAAGCUUACCACUCAGUGACAGUGCUAACGCUAAUCAAUGGUCAUAUAUCAAAGCUCAGACUCGAUGUCAUUGCUGUGGAAUGUGUCGAAUGCAGUUUAACCAUAAAGAAUCACAUAAAUGUCUGCCUUCUUCCGCUGUUAGACAUUCAGAAAGAAUGGAUUUCUGCUUAUAGAAAAUCUUCACAUUGGCGCUUGGCAUGGCUGCUAGGUUACUCCUGGCCUGCUUCUACUUACAUCAGUAUCAGUAAAUAAAACUACAGGCGAUACCCACAUAUACAGGAACACAGACCUUACACAGAGAAGUUGUAGGCCUAUCAGCCAUUUGAGGGUUGUGUUUGUGUCUGAGAGAGUGGCAGAGAGGUUGUGCACUCAUAUGGAUAUGUGUGUGUAAGUUUAAGUGUGGGCUGUGUCGUGCUUGAUGUGAACACUGCUGCUCCUCUCGCAGCUUUCUCUCACUGUCCUGUGUCUCAGAGUUCAUGCUGUCUUUUCUUUUCUCUUGUUUCCUUCACCUUGCUCCAAAUGCAGCUAUAACUCCCGAGUUCACUUUUCUCUGCUUGUUUUGGUUCACAGUCUUCCCAACAGCAAAAAAAAAAGUCAUAUGGCGUUAUAAACAGCAAGUAAGUAGAGUUUUGAGCUGUCAUCAUACCAGAUUAGACAUUUUGUUGGAAAAGCACAGCCGAAUCUAGUGCUUCUCCUUGUAACCUUCGUUUAGGAUGAUGAUCUGAUGAUCUGGACUCUUUGUCAAGACUAACCUUCUCUGCUGCAGCUGAGACUCCAAAAAGAAAUCUGUCCAGACUACUUUGUUAUGCUGUCUUCCAAAGCAUAAAGAGCUGUUGGAUAUCACAUUGUCAACAUCUGUCUUUUUCCCCCGUGUUAUUUUCUGUAGUUGCUUUGGAUUACUCUCUUACUUCUGCACCAGAGUUAUCUUAUAAGUGGGGCUAUGACCUGCAAUUUCAGGUCCCUUACUCAGACAAGUUCAAAUGGCAUUGCACUUGUUCAAAGCAAGUAAAUCCAAGGAGGGAGUGCUGCAGAGUUUAAUUACACCGCUCCAAACAUGCUUGUUGUGAACAUUUCUGAAGACAUACAAGGUUCUAGGACUCACUCUGAGUUGCACGAAUGGUGCUGGUGAUGGAAAGUGAUGACACUGUACAGUUCAUAAGGGCUAUGUUGAGUUCUGUACAGGGUUAGGGAAGUAUGGGUAGAUCAUUGUACUGAUGUGUAGUAGGAAGCCAUAAUAAAAAUGAAGGAACUCAUAUUAUAAUUGUUUUUUAGAUCAAUUCUAUAAAUAAUCAGAAACUUCUCUAAUGGUACACUGAGCCCUAACCAUAACUGUAAGAAAUGGAUACAAGCUGUAUAAGGUUAUUUGCUUUUGUGUUCAUCUACCCUACAGAUUAGUUUGGUGAUAUAGCCGACAUCAAGAAUGCUUUGGCUGGUGAAACGACACAACACAUUAUUUGUACCGAUUGUCUUUUCUUUUAGUGUCUUUGCUCAGGCAAAUUCUCUCCGUUGAUAAAACAAGGCCAAAUGUUUUGAGGGCUCGCUCACUUAAUCUAGUGGCUCGUGCUUGUGGCUGCCGUUUGAAUGGUGAAUGGUUUGAGUGGCAUGCUGAGGGAAAAAAAGAAAAAGAAAAAGUACAUGUUAACCCUAAAACUUUUGGGAAAACAUCGGCUCUCUUGCAGCUGCGACCCGACAGUUUUACUGUUAACCUUAAUGAGUUUUCCAAUGUUACUGGCGAUAUGAUCACACAAGAGAAUAAAAAGCAGCAACUGUCAUCUAAGUUGGCUCAGAAUAUGCACCUAUAUGUAUUUAAUAUCACAAUAAGUAAGUGUUUGGGUAAGUGUAUACAUUUUCCCCUCACUUUAUCCCUUCUUUUCUCCUGUAUACACAAAUGCAUGCUGGGCUACAGUUGCAUGUUUUUUGCUGUAGAGUGUACCACAUAACAGUCUCACAAAAGUUAAUAAAAUGAGAAGUCUAAAAGGCAGAUUACGUAUUCUAACAGAAAAUGUAGACAUCCCUCCACCAUGACAGAAUUAUGUGACGAUGUGUAUAUGUUUAUAAUGUACUGCCAAACAUUAUAGGUUAGUCCGAAGAGCACGUGCGAUUGAACUAUAAUAGUAGUGUACAUGUCAAAUGUCUUUUCACUCUCCUCCUCCAGUGGUAUUAAGUCAUGCAGAUAGUUUUGGUUUUAUUUGCUCAUGUUAUUUGUCUCUGAGAUUUCUACCAUCACUCCAAUACAAUAGAGGUAAACAGAAAUUUAACUAGGGACAUGUUUUACCAGUAAGAGUGUCCGUUGUUCUAGAUAAUCCACAGACCUAAAUGUCAGCAGUUUUCAAACUUCAUUCUACAGAAGAAAAAGUUCCUGUUUAAACUGGAAAGCUCUGGGACAACCCAGAGACAGAUAUCUAAAAAAGUAAAACAUCUACAUGGCUAGAAACCACAAAAAGUAAGUGAGUGAACUGAAUCUUUAAUAAAGUCAUGAGAUCAGUUAAGUGUGAAAACUUUAUACGCUAGCAUAUGUAUUUGAUUGUAUUUUUUGUUGCUCCAACAAGUCUCCUAAACUAAAUGUCAAAAAUGUUUAUUUCUCAUCUUCACACGCAUAUUUGUGUUUUCUGAUCUGACGCCCCUACGGCAGAAAGGUUAGAAAUGUUUUCCUUCAUCUGUCACCGCUAUGGUAAAUGUUGGACUACUUGGUUAACCACAUUGUUGCCUGUUGAUAGGAAAUGGGAAAUUGAUCAGCUGACCCCAACCGAGUUUAGUGGCUCUGAAUGUCACACUACUUUUGACUUUGCUUCUGACAGAUGUGUCAUAAUUCAUAUUAUAGGUUGUUUCUCAGUUAAAUGCAAACAUACAGCAGUUUUUAUCCAUUUACUUAAAACAACCAAUGCUAUUUUCUCUUGGGACAAUCUCUGCUUUUUCUAUACACCCAGGUUUCUUUCAGAUAUACAGUAUAUAAAAAAAAACAACCUUCCUCUACAUAAUCCUUUCA